CGCAAAUGUCAAAUUGCAAUAUUGCUUUCUUAGAUGAAUUGCUUCGAUGUGGCCAUUUUAACCCCCACGGAAUUAGCACCAAUAUGUAGAAUAGAAUAGAAUAGAAAUGUUUGAUUGCAACCAUGUGUUCGUACAAAUUGUGGUGUUAUAAAAAUACAGAAGUAAGUACAAUUCCAAGUAUGACAAGAGCAAAGAAAUCCGCCUAUCAACUACAUAUCCAAAAACGGAGUCUUAUUACAGUCUUUCUGAUAUUGUUCCUUUUAUUUUGUACAGCCAACGUGGUGAUAUACGAUUUCGGCAUGAUAAAAAAAUUAAUGAGCCCUGCAAAGAAUCACACGAGAUAUCCCACUAUGGUAUGGUACACCAGACAGUUGAUUAAACCUUUGCAGUCAACAAUAACUUGCUACGAGGGCGACCGUUGCAACCACUCAAAAGUAUUCAACUGUAGUGUGUAUCACAACUUAAAGCAAACGGUCCCGCAUGACCCUGAAGCCUACCUCUUCUAUGGGUACGACCUGAACAGAUUCCCCUUACCGCGAAACCCCAAAACCAUCUGGGGUUUGUUUUACGACGAAUCGCCAAAGCUAAAACCGAUGAUGAUGUUCGAAAAGGCGUUAAACCUAUUCAACUUUUCGAUGACCUUCAGCCGUCACAGCGACGUGCCUUUACUCUUCAGCCUCCUCCUCACACCCUACAUAAACAGUUUGGAGUACUACGUAACGACAUCGGUGAAGAAAAACGUGUACAAGAAUUAUGCGCCAAUUGUAUUUUUCCAACAAAACUGCGCUACACUUACAGAGCGUGAAGCGUUCGUUGAAGAACUACAGAAGUACAUUGACAUUGAUUCCUACGGUCCAUGCCUCAACAACAAGGAUUUGCCCACCAAAAUCUUGCAGUCCUCAGAAAUGCUGGACGGACGGCUUUUGAAGACAUUCCUUGCAAGAUACAGGUUCCAAAUCAGCAUAGAAAACGCUGUUUGCACCGAUUAUGUGACGGAGAAGUUGUGGCGGUCUUUGGAGAUCGGCGUAGUUCCUAUCUACUUCGGAUCGCCGCUGAUCAGGGACUGGCUGCCCAACAACAAGUCAGCCAUAUUGGUUGAAGACUUCCGCUCGCCGAAGCUGCUCAGUGAGUACCUGCACUACCUCCUGAAGAACGACACAGCGUACGAAGAACAUCUCGAGCACAAGACGUUGAGACUCGUCUCGAACCAGAGACUUCUGGACCUGAUAAAGAAGAGGUAUACAUUACACGAAUCGUGCGAAGAACCACCAGAGAAGAAGUUCCUCUGCUUGAUCUGCGAGAGGAUUCAUGCCAAGAAUAGCACCAGAGUUAACAUAGUGACAAAGAAACACUACGACUGUCCAGUUCCGCCGAAAUCUGCGCUGACGCAAAACGCAUUGGAUCCAAACAGCACGUGGAUGAUGAGUCUAGAUAAAUGUAAAAGCAAACUGGAUAACUUAUAUACGGAGAUUAAUGAUUCGGAUAAGACUCCAAGAGUUUCGGCAACGAGUUGGUACCGUUGGUAAUGUAUAAAAAAAA